AGGAGAUGCAGUCAGCAGGGCCAAAUGAAAGUUAGUUCAACAAUCAUCCCGUAAUUAACUGUUGCGAGGCCAUCAUUAAACUAUAACUUGAUUAAAUUCAAAUUGAGUUUAGAUUAUCGAUUUUAACUUUUUUUUUUUCAAAACUCAAUGACGAAAGCUUCUACACAAUUGGAAAACAAGGUUCUAGUCACAGAAUACAAAGACAAUUUAUCAGUCUUGAGCAAAGCCUAACAGACCAAUAAAAGGCAGCUUAAUAAUUAGACAAAUCAACUCCCAAGAAACAGGAAUUACAGCUUCUCAUUACACUACAAACUCUAGAUACCGUGGAAAGUUGGAAGCUUAUAGAAGCAACGUCAAGAAACUGAAGUUCAGUUGUCAAUAUCAUUUGCAACUUGCCGGAUUCACCAAGUAAUAUGGGAAUAUGGGAACCCAACUUUGGAGGAAUCCUAUAGAGGGACUAAUUCAAAACUAUAAAUAAAUUUAGUCCUGUGCCAGAUACACACAUCUACAAACUCUUUCACCUGUGGUUACCAGCUUAAGCAGCAUUAUAUUCACUUGGAAAAUCAAUGGCUGUAAUUCUUGAAAACAAACUAAUUUUUAUGGCGGUUUUGGUAUUGGGUCUCUGGGCAUCUCAAGCCUGGUCACGCUCGCUGAAAGAUGUAAGCAUGGCUGAGAGGCAUGAAAUAUGGAUGGCUAAAUAUGGACGUGUUUAUAAAGAUAAAGCAGAGAAGGAAAGACGCUUUACUAUAUUCAAGCAGAAUGUGGAUUUCAUUGAAUCCUUCAACAAUGUUGGGAAUAGGCCUUACAAGCUAGGUGUCAAUGCAUUUGCAGACCUAACCAAUGAAGAGUUUAGAGACUCUAGAAGUGGAUACAGAAGGUCUUCCAUUUUUAAGACAUCUGAAACAUCAUUGUUUAGGUAUGAAAAUAUCACUGCAGUGCCAACUUCCAUUGAUUGGACAAAGAAAGGAGCUGUCACACCCAUCAAGGACCAAGGCCAAUGUGGAUGUUGCUGGGCAUUUUCUGCUGUGGCAGCCAUGGAAGGCAUUACAAAGCUCUCAACAGGCAAGUUGAUCUCGCUUUCAGAGCAAGAAUUGGUUGAUUGCGAUACAAGUGGUGAAGAUCAAGGUUGUGAAGGUGGCCUUAUGGAUGAUGCAUUUAAAUUCAUCAUAAAGAAUGGUGGCCUAGCAACCGAAGCAAAUUACCCUUACCAAGGAGUGGAUGGCACUUGCAAUAAUGGGAAGGCAUCUAACCAUGCAGCCAAGAUUACAGGUUAUGAAGAUGUUCCUGCCAACAGCGAGGAGUCACUACAAAAGGCAGUAGCCAACCAGCCAGUUUCUGUAGCAAUUGAUGCCAGUGGAUCUGCCUUUCAGUUUUACUCAAGUGGGGUGUUUACAGGAGAUUGUGGAACUGAGCUAGAUCAUGGAGUUACUGCAGUGGGGUACGGGACAAGUGAUGAUGGUACAAAGUAUUGGUUAGUGAAGAACUCAUGGGGAACUUCAUGGGGUGAGGAUGGAUACAUAAGAAUGGAAAGAGACAUUGAUGCUAAGGAAGGCCUUUGUGGAAUAGCCAUGGAGCCUUCCUAUCCAACUGCAUAAAUUGCAGAAAAGUAAAGAUGUGUGGACCUUAAAAUUUUACUGUUGCCCCCUAUUGUGUAUAUGUAUCUAAAGUUUUACUUUGAUAAUGAAAUGGGUGAUGAUUCCUCUUUCAA